AUGUCGGAUGCAGAGAAUGAAGUGGAGUGCCGUCGUUCAUCGCGUCGACGAGAAAGUGCGCAGAAACAAAGUCGACGAAGUGCGCUUGAGGCCAUGAAAGAAGCUCGACGGCAAGGGAAAGUACACCGCGUUGAUCUUGACAGCCUUGUUACUAAUGUCUACGAAGAGGUUGACGAGGAUGAAUAUAAUGAGAUUGUGCGAAAGCGGCAGGAAGCUGACUUCGUGGUUGAUGAUGACGGAAGCGGCUAUGUUGACCAUGGCGCAGACAUUUUCGAUGAUGAUGAAGAAGAUGAGUACGAAUACAAUGGCGAAGAAGUCAGCAAAAAGAAAAAGAAGAAGAACGAUAAGAAAGCCAAGAAAACAACGGUAGUUUCAGAUCAAACGACGAAAAAGGGUUUGGAUAGCUAUUUUGCACCUGCAACGCAUGCUCGUGGAAAAGUGAAAGACGACACUGAAGUCAAGCUAGAGGAUGAUGAAGAUUUGAAGAACAUGUUGGCAGGAAUUAAUGACGACAUGUUGGAGAUGGACAACAACGCAGAGCCCUCCUCUGCUCCAAUAGUCAAUUCUUCGCGGAAUCCUUUCAAAAGAGAAGGCUCUCCAACGAUUGCUCCACGCAAAGUGAAAGUGAUGAAACUCGCGACGCCCACACAGCGAAGUGCACCGAUUCGUCGCAUUCAAGACGAGCCUCAAAAUCACGUGAAAGUGGAAGUGGCAGUGGAGGAGGACGCUGACUAUGGCGUGCCAGACUUCGAUGACUUUGAUGAGCCUACAGCCUAUGAGCCUCCCAGAGCUCCCCCACCAACACCUGUGGUUCCAACCGCCAAAAUGGUGGUUCCCGCCGCCAUGAUGUCGGUCCCAAAAGUCAUAGAAAGGGAUAUCAAGAACGAUGCUGAAGAGGAAGAAAUCAAAGUCGUGGAGAGUAAACCGAAUGCAAAAGCGGGACCACAAAUGAUGUCUAGUGCCGAGUGGGAUGAUAGCCAAGCGAUUUCGGAAGAGCCUAUGGUCGACGUUGUAGCGGGUUCCGAAGCCUUCUACGUGAAGGAGGCUGGUCAACAGUUGAUCAGAAUGUUUUGGCUAGACGCAUAUGAGGACCCUGUGAAGCAUAGUGGAACAGUGUAUCUAUUUGGGCGCGUGAAUGUUAGUGGAAACAAGUGGGCUAGUUGUUGUGUCACUGUGAAAAAUAUUUUCCGACAAGUGUUCUUUUUGCCGAGAGAGACGAAGUUUGUUCGUGGAACAAGUACGAAUGACCCAGUUAGUGAUGAGGACCUAUUUGAGGAAAUCAAGGCUGUUAUGAAACGUUAUUGUGGCACGUCUUCUUUUAAGUGCAAGCAAACCAAAAAGAGAUUUAUGAAUGAUGGAACCAUCGCUGGCGAAUAUAAGGGAGAAGAAGUGAAAGUCGUCGAAGUCCAAUAUGAUAGUAAUCAUCCAAAACUGCAAAGUGAUCUUUCGGGAGCGACUUUCUCUGCUGUUUUCAAUACUACAGCAACAGCUAUGGAAAGACUUUUGGUGGAGAAGGGCAUGAUGGGACCAGGAUGGCUUGAUGUGGCAAAUUACGUUGAGGUGACGGCAAAACUAUCCUAUUGCGAUUACGAAUUCAGCGUGGACAUGGAGCGUAUGCGUAAUCUUACGUACAAUACUUCGGUAACAGUUCCUGCUCCGCCCGUUCGAACUCUUGUCUUGAGCAUGCUCACGACGCUGAAUGAGAAGAAAGAAAAUGAGAUAUGUAUGAUAUCAACGCUGUACAAUCCAACUUGCAGUUUGAGUAAUCCAAGCACCGAUCAGAAGGAUCUGCAACGAUUAUGCAUGGUAACCAAACCAUGCGGUGGCGUGCUACCCUUCGAUAUAAAGGAACAAUUGAACAGACGUGGCCUGUCGGAUAUCGUCAUGACUGCUGGAAAUGAGAAAGCUCUGUUAUCUCUAUUCCUUGCUAAAAUGCAAAAGUAUGAACCAGAUGUGAUUGUG